AUGGGAUGUGGCGCUAGUAAUUCUAAUGUUAUAUUUAAUUUCGAUCGAGCAAAACCGAUGUUUGCUGCGGGUGAAAUUAUAUCAGGAACUGUUCAACUAAAUGUAAAGGACGAUAGCUUAAAAGUCAAUGAAAUCGAUUUGCAAUUGAUUGGCGCAACUGGUUACAGUACAAGAUCGACAGACGGUAACCAACACAGCCGGACUAAUUAUCAUUAUGUCCGAUUUUUUGCGACACAAUAUGUUUUCGCACUUCCGAACGGUGGAGAAAGAGAACUGACAUAUAGUAACGGUCAAUAUUCAUGGCCAUUUCAAAUUCAGCUGCCCGAUCAAAUUCCACCAACUAUGAAUCUACCUCGACUCUAUCCACAUGUUCGAUAUUAUCUGCAACUAGCCAUCGAUAAAGGAGGACAUAAGCGAAAGAUAGGAGAAGAAAAAUAUAUAACGGUGUUUCCACGUGUGAGUCUAUCACAACAAGUACCAAAUUAUAUGACGGCAACCAUGUUCGGUAAUCAUAAUCGAAAAGACAUUACAGUCAAGGGAACACUUAACAAAAUGGGAUAUGUACCAGGUGAGAUGAUUCAGGGAACACUAGAAAUUGAAAAUCCAAACCAAAUUUUAAUUAAGCAAAUUGAUCUUUCAGUCAACGGAACCUAUAACAUUCAAAUGCAGGAAGCACAUUUUAAAGUGAACACUGGCACAGUACAAGGAAUAGCUCAGCGAAAAGGAGAACGAAUAGUUGAAAAAUUUGAGAUUAUGAUUCCUGAUAAAACCCUAUCUCCUUCUUAUCAAUUUCGAGGUGGACAAAACAAUUCAGCUGCUGCGACUUGUAGCUAUAUGUUGAAGUUCGAAAUUAAAGCUGCAGGUGUCUUUACAAAUUUCGAAAUUCUUGUACCAUUUAUUUUGGGAACUCAACCAUAA